AUGUUGGGUGGGCGUCUACCGAGCCGGGGCCGUCGAUUGCCUCCGCAGCCGCGAGGACGGCACAAAGACGUCGUGGGGUCUGGUCAGGGGAAGGGAGGCCGCCUGGGAAGACGCAAAGCGGGGAAGGAGGGCGGGGGGCUCCCGCAGCAACAUGCAGCCAUUGCCUCGGCCCCAACGGCUGCCCCCUCCGAUAGCUCCGUGCCAUUGCGUGAACCCUCCUCGGCGAUAAGGAGGCCUGGUUCGUCAAUACGACGUCAUCGGGCAAGGACACCCCGGGAUCAUCAAAACACCCGGCGGCCGGCCGCGGAGCCUCAGUGCGCCGCUACCGCCGCUGUCGCCUCCGACUCCGCGCCGUCCCGCCUCCCUCGCGCCCUCGCGCCCUCGCCCUCCUCGCCGCGACCGCCUCGCAUGCUGUGCUGCGAGACCUGCAUGCGUUUGCCUGCGGAAGACUUCGCGAUCGCUCUGUCCGCUUGCGACGUGUCCGAAGCCGACUGUCUUGUCGACUGGGAGAGCGUUAUCUUCGACUCGUGUCCAGAUUGUGAGAAAGAAAAUAUGUCAUCCAUUCCUCAGGGAGCAUUUGCUGCUCGCAAAGUGCAUUCAAACAUGGAAAAAAUGAAAUCAGACAUGGAAAAUCCACCAGCAAAAUAUAAUGGAAAAUUAAUGAACAGCAUUUGGGGACUUUAUAAUCGAUACUCUGUCCACAAUAUGAAAAAAAUCACAGAUGCAAACAAUGUGAAAGCAGGAAAAAAUGUGUAAGUGGUGUAAAAGUACAAAACAAUAUUAUUCAACAAAAUAGUACAAAUUGGACAUUCUUACUCAACUAGUAGUAGUAUCUUUGAAUACAAUUAAUUAUGCUUAAUGUUGAUUUUAUAUCCGUUUUCAUAAACUUUUGGAAGUAAAAAUGGUGAUUUGGCACCAAAAAUUGAUAUUAACAAUUUUCCCUUCAUGAAUUGUAUAACUUUUGGAAUUAGUAGGAAUAUGAGAGAAAUAGUAAAGUAUUGAUUUGUUUAAGUUAAAUAUUUAUUCUUUAUGUAUAUGUCAAUUAUUACUUGUCUUUAACCUUUAUAAUAUUUUAAUAACACUGUAUUUAAUAUUUCACAUAUUUUAUAUUUUUAAUAAACACAUGAACAAUAAUCUAUUGAGUAUGGGAGUGUGUUCUUAUUGAUCUCUUAUCUCCUUCCAUAAGAACAUGAAAUUCAUGUUUCAGCCACCUUUACAGAGAGAGAAUGAAAGUAUCACAUCUAUAUACUAUGUGUUUGGAAUACACUAUUGCAUUUGUUUAGCAAUCAGUAGUGAUUUUUCACCCCCAAGAAACUCUUGCAAAUGUUUGUACAUGAUAUUUGUAAAUCAAACUGCAAAAGUUAGCUAAAAUGGGUAGAUUAAGAUUCAUUCUAUAGAAAUUUUUUCAAUAAUUUUUUAAGAACUGUUUAUACUAGGUUAAAGAAAUGUAACAUGUUACAAUAUUUUUACUCUUUUUAGUUUAGAAAACACAUUCACCAUGUACAAAUUGACAAUUUUUGUUUAAAUGGUUGUGAAAACCACAUUCUUAAAUGCCUCUGAGAAAUAUUAAUCAAUAUCUGAUAUUUUAUGUGGAAUAAACAAAUUAUUUGAAAUUCACUAUUAGUAGCAAAUUCAAUAUUUUUCUAGUAACCUUUGUUUACAUUUUCUUCACUUUGUGGGACCUACAUACUUUCUGAGAAUUGUAAGUUAUAUCUCUGGUAUCCUAGAUAUCAUAUUUCAGAGGAAACUACUAUAUAAAUGUUACACAAAAUAAAAUGCACAAAUUUCAAAGAUUAAGUGAAUUAUUGUCCAUUGCGGCCUUUUGAAUGCAAAGGAAUAUGUUGCGAGCUAUCCCCUUCACAAAAUCCAAUAAUCGUAAUUUAACUUAAAAUGUCAGUUUCCAUUAUUUACAACUUAAUGACUCAUUUUCAAUAAAUUCAUGAAUACACACAAGGACACAACACAAAACAAAUAUGACAAAAAUAAGUAUAAUACAUAGCAUAAAAAGAUGACUCUGUGAUAAAAUGUUACUUCAAGGGCUGACGCUCUGUGAAGGAUCCCCUAAAAACAGGAAAAUUCAUGAAAUUUUUAAUGAGUAAAAGAGAACAGCUCAUUGUAAUAUAAAUAUAUAUUUAUUGGAAGGAAUUUUGAUUUCUAAUAUUACUGAGCUCUGUUUUUCUUGCCAAUUGAUGAAAUCCAUUCCUUUAUUUUAAUAUAAUUCAAAAUUUGUAAAAUUGUAAUAGAAUAGCUGAUAAAGAACAACAUUACUUAUAACUCUCUGUUUGUCUUCUUUACGUAUAUAAAUAUAGUGUG